AAAAAUGCUUAUUUGAUUUACUUUGUUUUAGAUUCCAACAAAUGUAGAUGAAUGGAAAAAGAUAUCUUGAAAGUUUGAGAAUAUUUGGAAUUUUCCCCACUCCGCUGAUUCUAUGAAUGGAGAGCACGUUUUUAAACAAUUGAACAGUUUACCGAUUUAUCAAUUUUAAUCAGUACUUCUCGUUAAGUUGGCAAGUACGAUUUUACUGUUUUAUUUUUCCUGAUUUUGGCUAUCAAGAAAAACUUGACCAAUCUCGAAUCUAAAAAGUGCAAGGAAACUAGUUCUGCAUUCGAUCAAUUAACCUAUGAAUCACAGAUUAUCGCAGAGUGUAAGAUACACUCGAGUUGGCUGGGUGUGUUGUAUAGCAUUUGGAUUGUGGCUUCAACUAGUUUCUGGUAGCCUGGCGAAUAAACCAAGUCCUCGUAAUCACCACAGCGUUACUAAAAGAUCAUUCAACGAUUUACAGUGUAAAGGAGUUUACGAUAAAAGUAUAUUUGCAAGAUUAGAUCAGAUCUGUGAAGAUUGUUACAACCUCUUUCGCGAGCCUCCGGUUUACUCGAUGUGCAGGGACCACUGUUUUACGACAAAAACCUUUGGAGGGUGUUGUGAAAGCCUUCUUUGCGAAAAUGUUGACGAAAUCCAGGAUAUGAUAAAACAGUUAAAUGGGGGAAAACUUUAUUAGGUUUAAUUGUUUCUCAGAAAAAUAUUUCAAAGGGUGUGUCGAGAGUUUAUUAAUGGAGGAAGAUUGGCAAAAAUUAGAAAGAAUGAUCGAAUAUAUCGGAAAGUGAUUCCUUCAGUGCUCAGUGUCCUUCCAAUCUAGUCGAUGAAUAUACCAUCAAUAGGCAAUUAAUAAAUUUAAUGUAUAAAUUUUGACAGAAUUUGUGAAUUUAUCUCUCUACUUUUGCUGGUUUCAAUAUUAUUUAUGCAGUUAUUUAUUUAUAAUUAUUUAGAUAUUUUUAGUUUCACUAAUAUUCAGUAACCAGUUAAAGCGGAAAGAAGUCUAAAACGUAUAAAUUGUAAAAUAUUUACUAGUUUGUUAAAGUUUACAAUAAAACUUUUGCACUUAAAUAUAUACAUAUAUAACAUUGUAACAUAAUCCGUUUUUAACAAAAUUUAAAAAACGCACUAUAUAAAUAUUUUAAAUUAAUUUUAUUUGUUUAGUUUGUUAUUGAUUUCUUUUUUUUUGUUGUUAAAGAAAAAUAAAUUUUCAGAAAUUUUAUAUUAAAAAAGUAUUUCUGAAAGAAUAUAUUUUUCUUUUGAAACAUUCCAAUAUCAGUAUUCUACUUUUUUAUGUAUUAUUAUUAUUAUUAUUAUCGUAUUUUUUUACUACCUUUUCUUAGAAAUUAGAUAUUUAAAUAAGAAUCCUCUUUAUUUUUAUAUUUUUAAAAGCCAGUACAAAUAAAGAAUCCGUAGUCGGGGCAUGAAUCAAGACAGUUAUAAAAAAAUAGGUAUUAACCAGUUUAAGAACAUAAAUGACCGUCUUAAUAUUAGUUUUACUGGUUAAAAUUAUUUUCUAUUAUUUUUUUUAUUUAAAAUAUUUAAUCAAACCAGAGAUCAUCACACAUUUAUAAUUUACUUGUAUAUAUUUAUCUCAUUGGUUCAUGACAGCUUGAAAUAAAUAACCUACUAGUCAGUGUAUUAAAUUAU